UUUUCACGGCGGCUGCCAGCUGGUAUCAAAAAUUCAGGGCGCACGCAAAGUUCGCUUCCAGCAGAGAGUGUGUGGCUGCGUGUGUGUGCGUCUCUCUCAGCGCGUGUGUGUACAUUCAUGUGUGCUCGGUCUGUCUGUCUAAUAGACUGACCCCCCAGCACGCCGUUUAAAGGGAAGACAAGAGAGCUGAGUCAACGAAUCACAAGGAGAAGGAUGCAACAGUUGAUGUGCGCCAGUUGCACAGUUUUCUUGUAUUUGGAGACGGCCUGCACACACGGAGGAUGGUGGCCGUGAUUUGAUCAGAUGUUUUUGCUGCUUUGCUUUCAAACUCAUCUGCCAGAUAAAGCUAAAAGUUAAAGAGCAGCUCCUACAGAGCGGUCACAGCCUGUCCUCUUAUUGCCAGACUGGACAUUUGGACUGAAAUGCAUUUGGAGGGACUUCAUGCUCUGCUGGAAUGGAGUUGAAGCGGGGGAUUUCGGAUGGUCUGCGGCGGUGAUUAGCAGCGCAGUCUGCACCAAUAUGCAUCGGAUUCUGCAGAGGAGACGAGUGCGAAGGCUGCGGGUCGUCUGGGCUUCUCUGGCCCUGGUGGCUCUGUCUCUGGCCGCAUGCAGCGCGCUGUUUACGGCGUGGACUUUGCGACAGACGCGGGACCUGUCUCAGUCCUUCAAGAUCCUGCAGGACCGACUCGAGCAGGUCAACAAACAGAGGAAGGCCAUUGUUCAGCUGAUCCUGGAGAAUAGAGAGCUGCUGGUGGGGCAUCGAGUGAAGAGAGAUGAGAGGACGUCGAAAGCAGGGAGGAGUGGAAAUGGAAGGAAAGCGGCGUCUCAUUUUGAGAUAACCAAAGUCUCCUCUCAGCAAGUGGGAGACGGUGGGGUGAUCAAGGGCUGGGAAGAGAGGACGCUGAAUAUGAGUAAAGCGGUGAGGUACAACAAGGAGCAGGGCACCUUCACCGUGGAGAAAGCAGGCGUCUACUUCCUGUUUUGCCAGGUGUUGUUCAACGAGCAGCAGUCUCAGUACGUGAAGCUGGACGUGGUGACCCUUGGCUUGAGGGCUCAGAAGCUGCAAUGCAUGGAAGGCUACGGGACAACCCCCUCUGCCGGGCCGCACCCUUUCCACUUCCUGAAGCCCUGCCAGGUGUCCGGCCUCCUGCGACUGGACAAAGGCACGGAGCUGCAGGCCAUUACGGGCCCGUCCUUCAGACUCCACAGCGUAGGCAAUCCCUCCGCCUCGCCUCACGUCUUUAGCAUCUUUAAAGUUAACUGAAGCGCACUGUGGAAACUUUUUGUUUUUUUUGGUUUGUUUGUUUUAACGAGUAAACAGACUCAUCAGAGAACUAACUUGUUUUUGUGCGGACAAGAUUGUUUUCUAAAUGGUGAAACUGUCAUAAGCGGUCAGGGCAUCGCUUAAUGCUACGGCUUCUUCCCAAAGACGUUAAUUUGAAAGACAAACCCUGACAUUUGGGGAAGCUGUUGUGGAUUUUUUUUUCCUCUGGACUGCAGAGCUGUUUUGGAACGCAGAUUUUUGGAAUAAAACCAAGGCCCGCAGUGAAUGUCUGCCGAGGGAACAGAUGUGAUGGGAGCUGUUCUGUAGAUAAAGGGCUUCAUAUAAAAAAGAAGAAGCAGAAGAAAACUCCUUGGAUGUUCAUCUUAGCCUGUGUAUUACGCUAUAAAUUGUGCUUAAACUCUUUAUAAGACUAUGAGUAAAGCUGUGCAUGCACCUUCCACUUCCACAGCUGAGAGCACAUCUGCAAGCGGCCUACACGAGUUGUCAUAUAUUUUAUACAAUGUAGCGUCAGUGUGUAUGAAAUCUUACAAAUCAAUUUUUUUCUGUUUAUACUGAUUUUAUAAUAUCAAUGCAAGCAUUUUCUUUAAAUACUUUGGAUAUAUUUUACACACAUUUUACAUUUUAUUAAGGAGAUGGUUUGGGCGGUGUUUUAAAUACCAUGGAUGUGAAUUUGUUAUCUUUUGUAAGGUUAAAACAAUUGUUUGUAUACUUUGUUGUGCAAGUUAUACCGAGCGAAACAUAGAGCUUUAAAUAUAGCUUGUCCUUACUCCCUCUUCUUCACCUGAUUGAUGACCAUUUUUCGAGAAAUAACCUGAUAAAACUGUUAAUUAUUCAGCCAAAAUACAGAUAAAGCUGUAUUAUAAAUGAA